AAACAUUUCACCGCGGUAUCGAUUUUGCGACGUAACGCGGUAAUUUUUUUUUUAACGAUCCAAUACAAAGUAAUUAAUUAUAUGCGUGCGUGUGAGUCGCGACAGAUCGACAGGUGAUCAAAGAGAAGACGAAAAUACAAGCAUGUUUGCUUUAUCAUUGCCAACCUGAUAAGCGAACCACCCUCGCAUAAAACGGCUCGCAGCAAAAACUGAUAAGAUCGAGGGGAAGGGAAGUCUUGAGGAAAUUGAUAGUGAGUCACGGUGACAGUUGUCGUACAUCGCUUUUGCUUUUAGGUUAUGCUCUCGCCGAAUUAUAUUACCUUAUACUAAAGUGAAGGAAAGGUGAUGCUGUGAGCGACAUAUGGACGCUCUUCGAUUUUUCAUACGAACGAUAUGCGUAUCAUUUCCUGGAAUACAAUCGCGAUGAUUUAUCAGUGAUUUCUUUAGGCAUAAGAUUCCAUAAAGCGAAUUUUUUAAUUUACAGAAUAUGACACGCUCGCACAUAAAAUAUCAAAUUGCUAGAGACGAUGUAGAUACAUCAGAAUACUUGCCGCAAAAUGUUCCAGAUUUCCAAAAUGUAACAAGCCCAGAAAUUACAUUUUGGAGGAAAGCAUACCAAGUGUUUUUAUUGAUCUUUGUUUACUUUGUUUUAUCAAUAGGCCUUACAUUCUACAAUCCAUGGCUUUAUAAUACAUAUGGAUUUAAUUUUCCACUUGGAGUAGUAGUUUGUCAUUUGAUUAUAAAGUUUAUACUAUCUGCAUUAAUACGAUGCAUUAGAAGAUGUUUUACUGGAAGACGGAUAAAUCUACCAUGGCAAAACAUAAUUUAUUCCAUAAUGGUACCAGGAAUAGCCAGCGGUGUCGAUAUUGGUUUAUCCAAUUGGGCACUUUCAUUAAUUUCAAUAUCUUUGGUUACCAUGACUAAAUCAACUACUAUUAUAUUUAUUCUUGGAUUUUCCCUUCUCUUUAACCUGGAAAAAAAGUCAUGGUCUUUAGUAGGAAUAGUAGUGAUGAUAGCAGGAGGAUUAGCAAUGUUCACUUUUAAAUCUACCCAAUUUGGUGUUCUCGGAUUUAUAUUGUGUCUCUUAGCCUCGUUUGCGAGUGGUAUUCGAUGGACCAUGACACAACUCAUUAUGCAAAGAUCCAAACUUGGUCUCCACGAUCCAAUAGACAUGAUGUAUUACAUGCAACCCUGGAUGCUAUUACCAGCAAUAUUUGUAACUGUAUGGUUUGAAGGAAGUAGAAUGUAUACUGGUAUUAGAGUUACCGAUUGGAGUGAUGUCGGUAGUAUUUUAUUAACUGCAAGUGCUGUAAUAGCAGGUGCCAUUUUAGCAUUUAGUAUGGAAGUGAUGGAAUUUUUAGUUGUUACUUACACUUCUAGUCUGACACUAUCGAUCUCGGGCGUAUUUAAGGAAAUAUGUACAUUAGCACUAGCCUUUGCGUUGAAGGGAGACCAAAUGACUGGCCUUAACUUUAUAGGAUUGUUAAUGUGCCUUGGUGGUAUAAUGCUUCAUGUCGUCCAGAAGGUGUUACUUAAUAGAAAGAAAAUGGUUGACAACUUGGAAUUACAAUCAAAAGUGACUAGCAACAGUGCUAAACAUGAAGAUGGAACUGAUUCAAAUAUACCAUUAUUGACAGAAAAAUCAACAUCUUUAAUGAAUCUUCUUAAUGCCGAAUUUAGCUCGGAUGAAGAUGGUGAUUUGAGAGAGGGCGAUAACUCGAGUCAAAUACUGUCAGAUAUUAUACAACGCAGGGAACAGUGAUACAUCAUGAAUUUUUAGCUUGGAUACGUGAAAUUAAUUUAUCAAGGAAAACAUUCCAAAACAAUAUAUUUAUGACUUGCAGUAUUUCAUAUUUUUACAGUAUAAAUUUUGCAGUCAAUAACGAAGUGCUACAACAUAUAUUUUACGUCACAAUUUUAUGAAUGAUAUAAAAUAUGACUAGAGGCAAACUGCAUUUUAGA